UUCUCUCCUUCUCCAAAUAGAGAGAGGAAAGGCAAUAAUUCUCUCUCUAAAAUCCCCUCCUUCCCUAUCUCUUCACGUAUAUACAUCUAUAUAUACGUAAGAAUUAUAACUAUCUAUAUAUUAUACGCUCCGAAGCUUUGUGGCGGAUUUAACUGCGCGGUGAAUUUUGAUUUGCGAGAGUUAUGCAGGCUGAUCAGACGUUUUUGAGCUUGAGACCAGGUGGCGGCACUCGCGGCGGAACCAGAGUAUUCGCUCCACGCUUUGAUUCAUCGGCGGCUGCCAAUUCCGAUCUCCCACUGCUGCGUCCCCAUGGCGGCGGUGCUGCUUCCUUCACGACUGGAGAAUCUCGAUUUGAUGGUCAUGAGCGGAUCCGUUACACUAGAGAUGUGUUACUUAAGUUAAGGGAGGAGGUUGUAACCAUCCCAGAGAACAUUCUGAAAGUUAAACUAGAGGUUGAAGCUGAGUUUUAUGGUACCGAUGUGAGCCGGAGUCGUGCAGAAAGCAAUGUUGUUCCUGAUCAGCUCUUGAGCCGUUUCUCUGAGCUGGACAACCGUGACUGGCGUAAUCGUUCUACACAGUUGCCUGCUCCUGCAGAGGAGAGAUCCUGGGAGUCAGCAAGAGACAGAGACAUUAAUGGCAGGUGGCAGCAAGAUGCGAACCAGUACAAUAAGCAAGAUCAAACACAGUUUUCCAGAUCACAGAUAUCUUCAAACCAAGGGGUUGCGCAGACUCUAAUCAAGGCUGAUGCACCUUGGUCUGCUCGAAGGGGAAAUCUAUCUGAGGUGGACCGUGUUCUAAAAACAGUGAAGGGAAUUUUGAACAAGUUGACUCCUGAGAAAUUUGAUCUUCUGAAGGGUCAGUUAAUAGACUCUGGGAUAACUACUGCUGAAAUUUUGAAGGGAGUUAUCUCCUUGAUAUUUGACAAGGCUGUGCUGGAGCCGACGUUUUGCUUCAUGUAUGCAUUGCUCUGUUCAGACCUUAAUGCGAAGCUUCCUCCAUUCCCAUCAGAUGAGCCCGGUGGUAAAGAGAUUACAUUUAAGCGAAUUCUCUUGAAUAUCUGCCAGGAGGCAUUUGAAGGUGCUGACAAAUUGAGGGAAGAGGUCAGGCAGAUGACUGCUCCUGAGCAAGAAUUAGAGAGGCGGGAUAAGGAGAGGUUAAUCAAAAUCCGAACGCUUGGAAAUAUGCGCUUAAUUGGUGAACUUCUGAAACAGAAGAUGGUUCCUGAGAGGAUUGUUCAUCACAUAGUUCAGGAACUCCUGGGACAGGACAGUUCAAGUUGUCCGGAGGAGGAAAAUGUUGAGGCCAUCUGCCAGUUCUUCAACACAAUUGGGAAACAGCUUGAUGAGAACCAAAAAUCAAAGCGUAUUAAUGAUACAUAUUUCAAUCGCUUGAAGGAGUUGGGAAGACACCCUCAGCUGGCUGCACGGCUUAGGUUUAUGAUACGUGAUGUUCUAGAUACACGUGCAAACAACUGGGUACCAAGGCGCGAAGAGGUAAAAGCCAAAACCAUUACUGAGAUUCACUCAGAAGCUGAAAAGAAUCUGGGAUUACGUCCAGGUGCCACUGCUGGAAUGAGAAACAGCAGAGCAAUGGCAGCUGGGGGUCAAGGGGGUCUCUCUCCUACUGGCUUUCCAAUGAAUCGGCCUGGUACAGGUGGUAUGAUGCCAGGGAUGCCUGGAGCAAGGAAGAUGCCUGGGAUGCCAGGAAUGGAUAAUGACAAUUGGGAGGUUCCUAGAUCUCGAAAUAUGCCGAGGGGUGAUGGAUCAAUGGCUCAGCCUGCUGCACGUGCUCAGCCUCCACUGGCAGGGAAGACACCAUCGGUGAACCCACGAAUCCUACCUCAAGGUACUGGUGGUUUCAUCGGUAGCAAAACUAGUGCCUUCUUGCAGGGUUCGGGUGCGCCUGCUCAGGCUCCUACUGUGGACCCUGUAUCUCAAGCACCUGCUCCAGUUAAACCCAUAGCUCAAGUUGCUGACAAGCUGUCACCUCCAACUGCAAAAUUGAGUCUUGACGAGUUUAAGAGAAAGGCCAAAUCGGUGAUAGAGGAAUACUUUAGUAUCAGACUUCUCGGUGAAGCAUUGGAAUGUGUUGUAGAACUGAAUUCCCCUGCAUAUCAUUCUGAAUUCGUCAAAGAAGCUAUAUCACUCGGAUUGGAGAAAGCCCCACCUUGUGUUGGACCAGUUUCUAAACUUGUGAACUACUUGUUUGAGAAGAAGGCUGUUAACGCAGAGGACAUCAGAACUGGGUGUCUUGGAUAUGCAGUGCUACUGGAAGAUCUUGGCAUUGAUUUCCCAAAAGCUCCAGCUAAUUUUGGUGAGAUUAUUGGGGAACUUGUCUUGGCAGGGGCACUGGAGUUCAAGGACGUGAGGGAGAUUGUGGGAAAGGUUGGUGACGACUACUUCCAAAAGGCCGUCAUAGGCGCUGUUAUGAAGACUGUUAGCUCCGACCCAGCUGGGAAGGUGUUGCUGGAUGCGCAGGCGUCUGAUGUUGCUGCUUGUGAGAGCCUGUUGUAGAAGCUACGCGACUUGUAACCUCACGAAUGAAAUAUGCUCUCGGGUGCUUCCGGCUGCUAACAGGUGAUGUUGGUUGGGUGUAUAUUCUUGGUUGAGGUCAUAAUAGUUGUAUUAAUAGAGAGGAAAAGUUUAGUUUAUGAAAAGAGAUUUUGGUUCUGCAUUGUGGCUAAUCAGAGGCCAUAAUUGCUCGAGGAUGAAGGAUUUCAGAGUUUUUUUUGUUUUGUUACUAGUUUUUUCAAAAUGUUUAUUUGGUCAUGUUAAAUUUUGUGAGAUGAUAAUUUAAUUUUAUUCCAAGAUAUUUUCCAUGCUGGUGA